UGUGUUCAGGCGCCACCUGAGUUCUCGUUUAAAGCCCUUUAUCUCGCGAUGAAGCAGCAUGGCGUACCAGGAAGGGGAGUCGCUGGAAUCAUGGCUCAACAAGGCCACCCAUCCCACCAACAGGCAGGAAGACUGGGAGUACAUCAUUGGGUUCUGUGAUCAGAUCAAUAAAGAGCUGGAAGGUCCGCAGAUAGCCGUUCGACUGCUCGUUCAUAAAAUCCAUUCACCUCAGGAAUGGGAGGCCAUGCAAGCUUUAACUGUUCUGGAAGCCUGCAUGAAGAACUGUGGGAGAAGGUUUCAUAACGAAAUCGCCAAAUACAGGUUUUUAAACGAGCUGAUCAAGGUCGUUUCACCCAAGUACAUGGGUGACAGUGUCCCAGAGAGGGUAAAGAUGAAGAUCAUUGAAAUGCUGUACAGCUGGACUGUAGCUUUUCCCAACGAGGCCAAAAUAAGUGACGCCUACCAAACGCUAAGGAGACAAGAACAUUUAGUCUGUGAAGAACUGCAUUCUAUCUCAUUUACUCUACUUGAGAAUGUACAGUUUGAGAAACUCUCUGGACUCAUCUCCUCAGAUCCUGAGCUGACUGCAGACAAAACUCUGAUUCCAUCUCCUCCCACACGCCCCAAAAACCCUGUCUUCGACAAUGAGGACAUGGGCAAGCUGUUAGCAGAGCUAUUGCGGAGCAAAAAUCCAGAGGAUUUGCAGGAAGCAAACAGACUCAUCAAGAACAUGGUGAAGGAGGACGAUGUCCGAGUUCAGAAGCUGACCAAGCGCAUGAACACUCUGGAGGAAGUUAACAAUAACGUGAAGCUGCUGGGAGAAAUGCUGAGUCACUACGACAGAGACAUGUCCUCAGACUCGGACCGUGAGCUCCUCAAGGAGCUGUACGAACGCUGUGAUAAACUGAGACGCACAGCUUUUAAACUGGCCACAGAAACGGAGGAUAACGACACUAAUUUAGGUGAUAUCCUGCAGGCCAACGAUGACCUUUCCAGAGUCGUCAGCCUGUAUAAGAAGGUGGUGCAGAGAGAGAGUGACGGAGCCGAGACUGAGGAGCACGAACCCACACCCGGGGAAGGAUGUGAAACAACAGGCACAUUGAUUGACCUGGCUGGCCUGGAUGAACCCUCUCCUCCUCAAACGGCUCCGCCCCCUCCUGUCUCCUAUCCCCCCUCCACCAAUCCGCUCGGUUCCGGCAUCCCCAUCCUCCCUCCUCCUCCUCGCCGAUUAGCCGGCAAUUCCAGUCAGAGCAGCAGCCCCAAUCACAAAGGAUCUGAACCCUCGUCCACUCUGUCUCUCCUCGAUGACAAGCUUUUGUCUCUAGGGUUAAAUGAUCCUCCUUCAGUGCCAAACAGACCCAAACUUGAAGAAUUGUCAAAUCAGUGGACAUCAUUACAGGCGCCUGAUCCUGGGCUUGACCUGUUUGGUGGUGUAGUGGCACCGGGCACUGUGUUUCCACCAACACACACCUCAGCACACUCCACGCAGCCGCCUGCAGCCGGACAGGGCCUGCAGUUUGGAGAGGUGAAGGGAGUCUCCAGUCAGAGUGGAAUUGCUGGUGGUAGUUUUGGUUUGCCUGGUGCUGCUGUUGGCUCCAUGCCAGCCCCGCUCUCCUCCUCUAAUCCAUUCAUCAACGCGCCAGUGCCUGGCUCUCCCGCCCUGUCCCGUGCUCAGGCCCAGGCGGGCCACUCUGCACCGGGCAGCCCUCUGUUCCGCCCACCCCUCUCGCCCCUUCAUUCCCUGCAGGGGAGUCCCGUCCGCGGCUCAGAGCCAUCGCUGUCUAAUGUCAAUGUCCCCCUAGACUCCAUCAGACCCAGUAAGGUUCUGCCAGUUACGGCCUAUGAUAAAGAUGGAGUUCGGGUUCUGCUGCACUUUGCCACUGACUGUCCCCCCGGCAGACCUGAUGUUUUGGUCAUUGUGGUGUCCAUGCUGAACACGGCACCGUUACCUGUACAGAACAUAGUGCUGCAGGCAGCUGUGCCGAAGACUAUGAAGGUGAAGCUUCAGUCUCCAUCAGGAGCAGAGCUGGCUCCAUUUAACCCCAUACUGCCCCCGUCCUCCAUCACACAGGUCAUGCUGCUAGCAAACCCACUCAAGGAGAAGGUGCGUUUGCGCUACAAGCUGAUGUUCCUGCUGGGGGAGAGGCAGUACUGUGAGGUGGGAGAGGUCGAUCAGUUCCCUCCGGCCGAGAGAUGGGGGAACCUCUAGGUCCAGAACUCGGUCUGCUACUGCAGAACCACCACCAGAACCAUAAACACACACAUAACACUCACUCCACCAGAGGUUAGACCAGAGAUGGUGUGUUGCUCCAGUCCAGUGUUCCGAGCCAACCAUCAACGUCUUUUUUUAUUUUAUAUAACUUUAUUAUUAUUUAAGCUGUGAAUUACAUUAUAUACAUUAUACAAGUAUUAUCCAUGAUCUGAUCCAGCUCAUCGCGCGUAGCUAAAAUGCUAAUGCCAUCGCUAAUCAUCCAGAGCCUCGCCCGGCGCACAGAACGCAGGAGCUGGAGAGAGUGUCUGCACAAACAACCAGAGGUUACCUGCUGACCGCAGAUACCAACGCACUGCUGUUUACUGUCUUACACUGGAAAUAACCAUGUGCUGCUGCUACCAGACUCUCUAUCUCUCUCUCUCUCUCUCUCUCUCUCACACUCUCUCAUUCUCUCUUUCACAGAGGGAGCGGUGUUACAGGACAUCCAUCAUUUCUAAUGCUUAGUUCUGUGUCUCCUUGCCUUAAUUACAGUAUCAGGUUAGGAAUACCUAUCCGGUCUAAUACAGUAAAGUCCACACUUCAACUGACUGGGAGCUUCAUAUCUGAGCUGAAACAGUGGCUAUUUUUUACAUGCAGCCUAGUAGUUAGUUAAUAAUCAGAUUAAUAGCUCAAUCUGAAUAGAGCAUGUCCAUGUAAACACCUCGAUCGGAAUAGAGUAGUCCGAUUGAGACCAUUCCGAGUACCGAUCAAACGAGGUGGAUAAUCUAAUCGGAAGUACAUAUUGCACAUGUACAUUGUCUCUGAAUGUUUGAAUACACGGAGGGCAUAAGAUCUUCAUCUCACCCCUCUUUUGUAAAAAAAAUUUGAAAACAUACCAACUGCAAACUCUGGAAAUAUAGCUAGGUAGCCAGUUGCUAUUGUUCCUCUUACGCUGUUUAGCAUUACGUGAUGCUCGCUGUUGUUUUCAUGGUUACGUGUACACUAAGUGAUACUACACAAGUCAUGUUUGAUCGGCUUACUUAUAGCCUGCAUAUAAACAGUGUGUUUACUCAGGCUAUUGGGGAAAUAAAUAUACAUGAAAAAAGCUGCUAUAACCCAAUGGAUAACAGCAUGGUAACUCAGAAUGCUUAACCUGUGUGUAGCCACAGAGGGAGCUCCUCACCCUGCAGAUUGUGGUUGUGACAUAACUUGGCUGGAGCGAGGCAGAGCAAGGUAGAGGUCCACAGUGAACACAUACACAUCACACUACUACUUAUUCUGGGGAGCUGAUGAGCUAAUGAUGUUUCACAUUGAUAUCAGAAUAUCCAAAAGUAGUUAUCACCCAUCGCACACCCCUAGCCUGAUGCAGUCUGCUCUGUCUGCAUGAGUCACUUCAUACUCUUUUUUUUUUUUUUUCUACACACGAGAUGUGGGACAAUAUCAGGCCUAAUCCCAUUUCUUAGUCUAAUAAUACAAAUAAUACUAGUAAAAAUAAAAUUCCCUUCAGUUUAAGUGCAGACUGAAAUGGACAGGAACUCUCAGAGACUUCAGUAAUUCUCACCUUUACAUAUUUAAUGCUGUGAUAAAGGGAAGGAGAUGCAGAACCAAAUAUUUAGUAAGAAAUGAUGCAUGCUGUGACCUUUUCAGAAAUUAAUACAGACAGUAAAAAUGAUAAUGCAUUAUUGUUUUCCACAUUUAAACAUAGCCCACUCUGGUCAGCACAUAUAUAAUUUUAAUUGAUAAUAGUUGUUACUAUUAAUAAUAGUUGAAGCUAUAUCAAUAAAAUUAUUUGGCUAUAGGGCAGGCACCAUCAUAAACGUAUUAGAUCAGCAGAGAUCUGUUUACUGUAGUAUGAUUUUACUUUUGCUCUGGAGCUACAAAGUUAAUGUAGCUAACGAGUAAUAGAAGCAUUUAGACCACAUUAUUAGGGGUGGGAAGCUCAUAAUAACGAUGAUAUUAUGAUACUGUGCUUCUGCGUUAUUAAAAAUAAUAAAAGUGUGUUACUGAAGAAAAUAAAAUACUCCUAAAUAAGAAAAUACCAGGAGUUAUAGAUUCAUUAUUAGUUUCACGCAGUUUAACAUCCGAUUUACAUUGAAAUAAAUAAAGCAAUAACUUUAGUAAGUCUAACUGGAGGGCGAGUCUUUGGGAGAUUAGAGCGCCUAUGUUUCAAUAAUAAUAAUAAUAAUAAUAUCAAUACUUGACACCACAUAUCGAUAAUGUAUUUCAAAUGAAAAUAAUACAAUAUAUCACAAUACUGAUAUUUUGUCCCACCUCUACCAGUUCAGCAUGCCUAAAUCAUAAAACACACUCCUGGAAAUGUGCAGAAAUAACCAGUAAUCUGUAAUAGAUGUACUACAUCUAAUGCAACAUCAUACAGUGUCAGAAAACACAUGUGCAAGCUAAAGGCUACAUUGCUUGUUAGUUACAUUAGCCUAGAACAAAACUCCAGACACCGAGCAUUCUGAUCAGCUACAUUUUGGAGUUAAGAGUGUUUGAUUUGAUUUUGCUGGCAUAUCAGUUUAACUCAUUAGAAGAAGAAUGUAGAGUUUGUCAGGACUGUUUACAAUGAAGAGCCUCUGUGUUUGUGCUUAGAAACGUGCAAAGUCAAAGCGGCUCCUUUUUAAAUUAUUUAUAUUUUAUUUAUUGAUAUAUUUAUGUUUAUUAAUGCUAAAUUUGCUGUGAUUUUUUUUUAAGUGUGUUUGAGUCAAAACUUAGAACUUUUCAGGAUGUUUUAUUAUUUUUUUUUUUAGGAAGACUUUUAGCCUUGCUUAAUGUUAGUCUCUUACGUUCUUACUAUAAUUACCUGUAACCUUAUAACAGAACGUAUGUAAACGUAUCAUGCCACUGGCUAACUUAAUUUAAAGCGAGUUCAUGCAGUACAAGCGUAGAGCGAGUGGUUUUACAUGAGUAUAAAUUAGUACUGCUUCCGUACAUAUCCGUAAAACAUGUUUACAUACUUCUGAGUUCUGAGUGAUGUAUAUUAAUUAGGUGUGGUUUAUAACCACCAUCAUCACUAUCACAGGAGGAUUUGUGGAACUGAGAUUGAGAGUUGUUGUUUUGCAUCAGAGAUGUAGAGUAUUGAUUGAAAGAACCAACAGAUCUUUGUAAAACAGCUCUAUUUAAAAACUCUAUUGAGAAUAAUGUAUUGCAGUAAAUCAUAGUUAGUUCAAAUUAGACAGAAUUUUGAAUAUUGUAUUUCCCAUGUAGUCUGAAUCUAACAGGUCUGCCUGUCUUUGUUUUAAAGCCUAAGUUUUCUAUGUGUGUUUGUGUAUACGUACGUAUACUAAGUAAGGGUACUAGAUUAUAAAAACCCUGUAAAUGGGUAUUCACUAUUCUCUGUGGAUUUAAUUAGAAUUUCCUCAGUAAAAGUUAGUGUGUAACAUGUCCACUGAAGUGUAUUUUAGUUGUUGUUUUUUUUAGUAGAUUUUACUUAAAUAAUGUAGCACCUUAUUAACCUAUGCAUCUUGAUUUACACAAUAGGAUUGCUUUCCGCUCCACCUCUCACUCACCCUCAGCGUGUUGUUUCGUCAACAAGGGCUGCCUUGCCUUGGGUAUUUAGUUAAUAAUAAGAAUAAUAAUAAAUAAGAGGAUUGAGAAUUUAGCCCCUAAACAUGAUAUAACUUGCUUAUUUAGGGGAAGGUCUGUUGGUGUUUUUGAUCUGUAAUACAGAUAAAAAAUAACCUGCUUCUCUUCUACCAGACUAUUGUCCCAAUCCAUGGGAAAAUUGAUCCAUCUUAAAGUUCCUUGCUCAGAAGGACCAAAAUUGGCGCUCUCUCCCCUCAUCACUAAAGGGUGAUGUCUGCUGCACAGGGUGUCUGUGAGCUGAUGUAUCAGAACAGAGUCGCUGUGAUGUCAGUUUGAAAAGAGGCAGUGGCUGGCUUCACAUGUAUCGGAGGGGGCAUGUGUUGGUCUUUACCCUCCUGGUGUAUUGGGGCAUUUUUAAUAAUACAUUAUUAAAGUUCUUUAAUGCAGUUCUUAGCCAGCAUGAAGUUACACUUCACAAUAACGUCGAUGGGAACUUGCUCUUACAACAGUGGCCAGGCAGUCAACUGUAACAGUCUACUGAAGACUCAUGAUGAGUUAGCAGUAGGUGAAAUGCCCGUUAUGUAUAAUAAUUCAUGCCAGAAACCAUUAUGAAUAUGCAUAGUUUAAUAUGGUUAAACAUUGAGUCAAAUUUAAAGUUAAAGAAACUAAAAUACACUUCAGUAAGUGUGAGUUACAGAGCACUCGUUCCUGAAGAAUUUCUAAAUGAAUUCACCAAAUAUUGUGAGAAACAACUUACAUUCCUACCUAUCCUACUCAUUUUUUCAGUGUAGGGGUGAACUGAUGCUAGAGAUGGCAUGAUACUAACUUUUAUUUUCCAAUACUGACAAACCUUUAAACCUUAAUUAUCCCCUAAUACUAAUAUCCCCAAACAACUAAGUUUUAAAUUAAAAAAAAUACUUUAGUUCUAUUCUUGAAGUGAUCUCACUGAAAUCGUGUGGCUGAUUUAGAAUAUGUUUAAUAUUAAAUUAGGCCAGAUCAUUUUUGUCCCUUGUUGAUAUCGGUAUUAAAGUGUCUAGCACUAGUAUGAUUUAUACCACUACACUGAUUUUUAGGCUUGGGAUAAAAAGCCCCCAGAAAUUGUGCCCUCUAGAAUAUCUGUGUGUGAUUUGAUUAUGGGUGUGUCUAUUGUACGUCCUUCACCCCCUCUAACCACCAUACUGAUAUUGUGCAGAUUUGGUUGGUGAAUUAUGACCCUAGUCUAUAGAAAUCUAACUGUUUAUACUAUAUCUCAAUAGUAAAAAUAGAAAAAAACAAGCAAUUUUAGGAUCUAAUGCAGAGAUGCAAUUAUAUUGCAUAGUAUUUUUUCCUCUUCCACUAAUGUACUCUAAUCUAUAAGUUAAAAUAUUUUAGCAAAAUACCUCAAUAAAGAAGAAUGUGAUAAUGGUUCUAUACACUAGGGCUGGACAACAAUACAACAUCUAUAUCAGUAUAUAAAAAAUAUAAAUUGUUCCAAUAAUGGUGAUAUGAUUUAAGAUUUUUUUUUUAAAUACAUUUUUUACAGAAUCUGUCACCGACAUGUUAAUUACAUGUAAAAAGUUCAGACGUCUGUUGUCAGUGUUUUUGGCAGUUUUGCUGUGGCUUUUAUUUUGUUCAUUUUGAGCCAAAUAAAGAAGUAUUAUGUGAUAUAAAUUUAGGCCGUAUCAUCCAGCCCUACUGUACACUGGAAGCAUUAAUUUUAGUCCCAACAUUUGUGGGAGUGCAUGAAAAUCAGUAUAUUAUUAAUAUUAUUAUUAUUGACUAAAAUGAAAAUGCUAUAGCUGAAUUAAACAAAAGGCAAAAGCAGGAGACCAGGUGUGUGCAACACUGCAACAUUACCACAGUGUAACGUUGUUUAUACAUUGUGUAUGAGUGUACUAUGCAAGCAGCUGUAAUGUCAGUGUUCAAAUGAUCUGUAGUGAACUGCUGAUGGAUCAGAGAAUCCGAAUAGUUUCUACUGAUUGUGUGAAUCAUUCAUCUGUUUCUACUUUUCUUUCCUUUGCUCGUUGAAUUCAUACCAAUUCAGACCCAACAAAAUCACCCCGCUUGCUCCAGUCCUGCAGGGAGCAGCACUGCACAGAUUAGUGUCAGCCUUAUCCUGGGUUGCAUUUACCUUGCAUGUGGGACAUUGGAGCUGGGAAUGACGUCACACCUAACUCGACUGCUUUCUAGUUAAACAUGAAAUUUACCUGUUUUUAAUCUUGUUAAUCUUGUUUUCCAUAGAAUCAAAUUGGCUGUUUCUGUUACUGGUACUUUACGACUGAUAUAUGAAAAGGUCUGUGGUCAGCCCCAUAUUUGAUAGACAUUAUAAAUGAGGAGAAAGACCAUUCAUUAUAAUAUCGCUAAUCUUUGCACCUGUUUUUUGCACCUAAUAAAAUCGUGCCUCUCAACAAAGAGUCAAUCAGCUUUUGCAGAGAGUUGAGGAGAGUCCCCUAAGCUCUUCCUUCCCUCUUACUGUGGAGAUAUGCGCAGGUGCAGUAGCCAUAACAAACAAUAACAAUCAUGUUUUUUGUGCAUAAGAGCCGGACUGUUCAUGAGGUUUUUGUCAGAUUGUAUCAGUGAUGUAAAAUAUGUUGUUGAAAUGGUAAUAAACCUUCAGUUGGUCUUACCCAAAAUGUCUUACAUCCGUAAUGGAUGGGGACAAGUAGAAAAUUUGGUCCAUCCAAAAGAGAUGGUUUUGGUCAGGAUCCAUUCAAUCUUAGCCUGGUUAGUUUGCAGUGUUUUUUUUCACCCAUUAAACUAUAGAAGAAAGAAAAGACAUGGUGUUGUGCCAAAAUCCAAUGCCAGGGGGAGUCAGGAUGAGAACUGAAAACUGAUCUAUAGUAUUGUGUUUCUUAAUCCUGAGUCUGGAUGUCCAGUGCCCUGCUGCACAUUUUAGAGCUUUUCUGCUUCAACUAACCCACAAUAAUAUAAUCAAUAUAAUCAACUCAUUAAUGAUAUUAAUGAGUUAGUUGAACAAGAUUUUUAGAAGCAGGGAAACCACUAAAAAUGCUGUGCAGUGGUGCGCUAGGACCGGAAUUGAAAAACACUACACCAAGCUAGAGGUGGGCAAAAUGACUAUUUUAUCUUACAGUGAUAAAUUUACUUUUUACAUUUACCAAUGUACAAUGUAUAAAUAAGGCAUCAUCAGUCUCAAAUAACACUGACCCAAAUGUGCAUAACAACAUUUGGAGUAAAACUCAUUUAAAUAUUGGUUUUUAAAAAUCUGGCAAACAAAAAAAGUAUGUUGUAAGAUCUUGAGUUUGUGGAUUAUAUUUUUACCAUAUAGCCCAGCCAAAAAACAGCCUUCUGCAAACUAGCUUGUUUAUGCUCUGGUGAGAGAGGAAAAACUCAUUUUUCUGGUAAAAGGUGAAUAAGAUUUAGAAGGAGGAAAACACUAAUCUGUGCAGUACUACGGUCCAUUAGGAUUCAUCAUAAUAUCAGUUUACUGGAGGGGUGUGCUGAGGAGGGCAGAUGAGUUAGUCCUCUACAUGAUCUGUAUGUAUGUAUUUUAUGUGCUUGUAUCAUGUGAGAGUCUUAAGCUUGUACAGUAGUCCAUAAGUGCAAUCUGUUCAGCUGCAUGCAGAAUUAAAGUCUCUUUUAACGCAAAAAA